CAUUAAACCUCAGAGGAAGAAGAUUAGUGUCACCGCGCUCUCUGUUGUUUUGUCGUGAUGCUGGUUUAAUACAAGCAGUUGGAAAUGUUGAUUCUAUAAAUGGAGAAGUACAGUUUUUGAAUCAGGUCAAUAAAUACCUGUAAUAUUCUCGUCCUCACAGUCGAAUCAAGCAGGAAUAUCUGGAGGAGUAUCAUCUGAACUGAGAUCUGUUGCUGUGAAGAUGGAGUUUGUUAAAGAAGAGAGUGAAGAGAACACGAGUGAACCAGAAACAUGGAGAAUAAAACACGAGGAACCAGAAACCCGGAGAAUAAAACAAGAGGGACCAGAAACAUGGAGAAUAAAACACGAGGAACCUGAAACCCGGAUAAUAAAACACGAGGAACCAGAAACUCGGAUAAUAAAACACGAGGAGCCAGAAACCUGCAUAUCUCACGAACAAGGAGGCCUGAUGAAAAUGAAAGAAUAAAUACAAGAUAUGAAUGAAGUGGAGGAGAAACAUCAGGGAUCAGAAAGAUCAUGAUCUCAAUGGAGAAAAAUCAGUGAGUUGCAGCAUUAAAAACACAGAAAUCAAAAGGCCUUUCAGCUGCUCUCAGUGUGAAAAAACUUUCACAUGUAACAAAACUCUUAAGUUUCACAUGGUAAUUCAUGCUGGGAUAAAGGCUUUCAGCUGUGCUGAGUGUGGAAAGAGUUUUACACAGAAAGGACAACUUCAUAAUCAUUUGGUAACUCACACUUCAGAAAAGCCUUUCAGCUGCUCUCAGUGUGGAAACACUUUCACACGUAAAGGAGCCCUUGAGAAGCACAUGUUAAUUCAUGCUGGAAUAAAGCCUUUCAGCUGCUCUCAGUGUGGAAAGUGUUUCACAAGUAAGGGAUCCCUUAAGACUCACAUGUUAAUUCAUACUGGAAUAAAGCCUUUCACCUGCGCUCAGUGUGGAAAGAGUUUCAUAUGUAAAGGAAACCUGAGGGAUCACAUGUUAUUUCAUGCUGGAAUAAAGUCUUUCAGCUGCUCUCAGUGUGGAAAGACUUUUACACAGAAAAGUCAACUUAAAAAUCAUUUGGUAACUCACGCUUCAGAAAAGCCUUUCUCCUGCUCUCAUUGUGGAAAGAGUUUUACACAUAAAUCAAGCCUUAAGGAUCACAUGUUAAUUCAUACUGGGAUAAAGUCUUUCACCUGCUCUCAGUGUGGAAACAGUUUUACACAUAAAUCAAGCCUUAAUAGGCACAUGUUAAUUCAUACUGGGAUAAAGUCUUCCACCUGCUCUCAGUGUGGAAAGACUUUUACACAUAAAUCAAACCUUAAGAAUCACAUGUUAAUUCAUACUGGGAUAAAGUCUUUCACCUGCUCUCAGUGUGGAAAGAGUUUUACACAUAAAUUAAGCCUUAAGGAUCACAUGUUAAUUCAUACUGGGAUAAAGUCUUUCUCCUGCUCUCAGUGUGGAAAGAGUUUUACACACAAAUCAAGCCUUAAUAGGCACAUUUUAAUUCAUACUGGGUAAAAGCCUUUCACCUGCGCUCAGCGUGGAAAGAGUUUUACUCAAAGGAGACCUUAUGGCUUGUUUCCACUGAGUGGUAUGGUACAGUACAGUUUAGUACAUUACCAUUCGGUACAGGGAAC